AUUUACAUUUUUAAUCCCCAAAUUCUCUCAUUACUAUUCCGUCUAGGGUUCUCUCCCAAAUUUUCUCCUUUUCCUUUCGCAAUUCCCCAUUUCAUUCAAGGUGAUGAAAAGGAUCAUUGCUUCAGCUCCAUUACAAUAAUUUGUAGCCAGGAACGGGUGAUCCAUAAUGUCUGAGAUAAAGUCAUCUGGUAGACCAUUUGAUCAAUUAUUGGAGAAAGUAUUAUGCAUGAAUAUACUUUCUUCCGAUUAUUUUCGUGACCUGUUGAAAUUGAAAACUUAUCAUGAAGUUAUUGAUGAGAUUUAUGUUACUGUCACACACGUGGAGCCAUGGAUGACUGGAAACUGCCGAGGGCCUUCUACUGCUUUCUGCCUUCUCUACAAAUUCUUUCUUAUGAAGCUCACUGUCAAGCAAAUGCAUGGCUUAUUGACUCACCCAGAUUCUCCUUAUAUUAGAGCAAUAGGAUUUCUCUAUCUAAGGUAUGUAGCCGAUCCAAAGACUUUAUGGAGUUGGUGUGAACCGUACGUAAAAGAUGAUGAGGAGUUCUCUCCUGGUUGUAAUGGCCGUAUGACAACAAUGGGUGCGUAUGUGAGGGAUUUGCUUCUUGGACAGUACUAUUUUGACACACUUCUUCCUCGUAUUCCGGUGCUGGUAUUGCGCACUGUUGUAGCCAAUCUUGAAAACAUGAACCUGCCAUCUAAACACUGUGGAGUUACUGGUGAGACCACUCGUGGAAGUGAAGAGACUGCAAGAAGACCACCUUCUGUCAAGGCUGCCCUUUCUGUCUCUUUCGGUCAACGUGCCCCUCAUCGGACUAUAACUAGGGAUUCAUCUCCAGCUCGGCGUACAGCUAAUCAUUCUUAUGAUCGAGGUAAUGAAUCAAGACGAUCUCCCCAAAAUGGUGAUCUAUCUGAUCGGGAUCAUCCUGGAAGGGAGAGAGACAGGGGCAAGGACAAGGACGGCAACCGUGAUCAAGACAGAACCAGGGAUCGGCGGUGUAGAGACAGGGACGAUGAAAGGCGAAGAGAGCCGGAAAAAGGUAAGGAUAGGAGACAUGAUUAUGACAGAAGAUCCCGAGACACCUACAGAAGGAGUUAUGAUAGGAGGAGCCGUGAAGACUACAGGAGAGAAGGCAGUUCUCGUCAGAGCAGAAGUAAGAGUAGGAGUAGGAGCAGGAGCCGGAGUCAAAGUCAGAGCACCCGUGAAUAUGGCAAGCGUAAUUUAAGUGGUCACAAUCCAUUUAGCCAUGAAAGUAAGGAGAAGAGAUCUGCAUCAAGUAAUCUGGCUGAGCUCAAAGAUCUGUAUGGUGUAUCAAGCAAUCAAAAGGAGGUGGCUGAGGCCUCGGAGGGUCGCCCUUACAGGCCCAGUGGUACCGAGGAGGUGAUCAGACUCGGUGGUUCAUCAUGGAGGUAAUGUGAUUUACUUGCAAACAUCAACUCUCUCCUGUGAAGGAAAUCACUUUCAGUUCGAUAUUCGUUGUUAUGUUAUCGCCACUGAUUCAUGACCGAGAGGUAUGGCAAGAGUUUGAUGCAUAAUCAAGCAGUGUGUAAUGUAUUCGUGGCGUGAUUAGCAAAUGAAAGGGGAUAUGGAGCGAGAGAUCUUCGAUUAUGACGAUGAAAAUAUUUGGUAACGUUCUUUCUCAGAUCUUUGCUUCUUGUAAUUUCAACUACUGUAUAAUGUGCAAUCAGUUUGAACGAUGCUUUGUUUUUUUAAUCUACAUUUGUGGUUCUCUCA